AUGCUCGCUUCCCAUUUGUAUUCCAGAUCUUCUGUUCAGAAUGGGGCCUCCUCUUUACCUCCUAUCAGAUUUGGCCCUUCCCUCCUACCAAGGAGACCGCUGGUAACAUUCACAUUUUUACAUGGAAUUUUUCGAAAUAAAGGGGGCGGUAUAGGAUUCGAACCCCCGAUAUCACUGCUAAGACCCUCCGACUCGCCCACUCGAGUCGCUUAGCCCUUCUUUUAAAUUGGCGAUUAAGGUGCAUCAGAUUUAGGCUCUGGUUUAGGAUAUUGCACUAAUCUCUCAAAUUUAACACUAAAAUUAAGUGGGAAUGAAAUUGGUUCAGAAGGUGCAUCAGGCUUAUGUUAUGGUUUAGGAAAGUGCACUAAUCUCUCAAAUUUGGUACUUUAUCUAGAGGAGAAUCAAAUUGGUGAUGAAGGUAUAUCAGACUUAGGUUCUGGUUUAGGAAAAUGCACUAAUCUCUCAUAUUUGACACUUUAUCUAAGGUUUAAUUAAAUUUGUGCAGUUGGUACAUCAGGCUUAGGUUCUGGUUUAGGAAAGUGUAGUAAUCUCUAAAGUUUAAAACUUGAUCUUUAGGAUAAUUAAAUCAAUGGUGAAGGUGCAUCGGGCUUAGGUUUUGGUUUAGGAAAGUGCACUAAUCUCUCAAAUUUGACACUUUAUUUUGAUAAAUAUUAAAUUGAUGUAAUUGGCUAAUUAGGCUUAGGUUUUGGUUUAGGAAAGUGCACUAAUCUCACAAAUUUGACAUUUAAUUUUAAGCAACUUUAUAUUGAUAGUUAAGCUGCAUCAUGCUUAGGUUCUGAUUUAGCAAAAAGUACUAAUCUUACAAAUUUGGCACUUAAUCUUGAAAAAAAAGAAAUUGGUGAUACAAGUAUAUAAAUAUUAGGUUUUGUUUUAUCAAACUUGACAAAUCUCUCAAAUUUGACACUUAAUCUUAGUAAAAAUUAAAUUCGUGAUGAAGGUGUAUAUAUCUUAGGUUCUGAUUUAAGAAAGUGCACUAAUCUCUCAAAUUUGACACUUAACCUUGGGUUUAAUUAUUUAAAUUACUAAGGUGCAUUAGAUUUAUGCUAUAAUUUAGGAUAGUUGACUAAACUCUCAAAUUUGACACUUGAUCUUUUCAAAAACAAAAUAACGAGAUCAAACAAUUUGAAAUUAAAGUGUCUGAAAUCAAAAAGAUUAGUUAUCUUAAAAAUGUAUAUUGAUGAUAAGAGUUGGUGA